CUUAUAGCCAGCGAUGUAGGUAGGUACCUACAUGUGAUGUCAUAGAAGGUUACUCGUUACUCUACACUUUUACAUUCUUUUUUCAGUGUAUUGCCGUGUGUGUAUUAUGAAACUGUGUUAAUUUUUGUUCGGUCUCUAGUGUUUUAUUCACUAAAAGAUUAAUCGUAUGAUUGGAAUAUUUGAAAUCGAAGAAACAUGGGUAAAUUAUUUUGAUAUUUUAGUUCACCUUUUUAUUUAAUUACCAAUAAUAUUUGUACCUUCCAAUAUUUUAGAGAUAAAAUAAAUAUAACCUACAUUUAAUUACAGUGGCAAACUUUACGACCUUAUAUUAUAACUUGUAUUAUAUUGAUACCUUUUGAUUUUCAAAUGACCUAUGUUGGAAAUUCCAUAAAUAGAGGAAGUUUUAAAUAAAUUGAAUUUUGGUGUUAAAAUUUAAAUUUCUAACAGCCUGUUGGCGAGAUGAGCCACUUUUGAUUUUGGUAAUUGUGGGACAGCGUCUGGAUAGUGUACCUCCAAUCCCUUCAAUUUUCAAAAUAAAAAAACUUUACAAAGUGAUAAAUUACGCCCACGUGUUGAUGGGAAUUAAACAUUUUAACAAUAAAAUUAAUUUCAAAUAUAACAUAAUCCAUUUAUUAAAUUUCUCAGGUUGCUAUUAAAAAAUCAUAAAGUGGUUGUAACCGUUUCAAAAUCAAUCAUAAAGAUGAAAAAAAUAAGUCUUAAUAAUUUAUAGGUACAAUACGAGAAUUGCGUGCAUCUUAAAUAGCAGCCCAUUAAGAAAGUUCUGAAAAAAGUUUAUACAUUUCAAGCUAAUAUGUGAUGUGGAAAAUUAAUCACUGUGACUCUAUGUAUAACAUUAUAAUACAAACCUAUAUAUACAGUUUAGUAAAUAUAUGCAAGUAUAUUUAGUUUAAUUUAACUUCUAUAACGACAAGAACCAAUACAAAAAAAAUAACACCAUAAAAAUCAAUUUUUGUUCGGUUAGUAAGCCUGAAGUUUGGUAAAUUGUUCAGGAGUUAUUUAAAUUCAUCAGUACCUACCUUUCUACCUAUUUGAUAUCCAUGAUAAUAUAAAACAGCUAGCUCAGCUAACUUCAGUAGUUAAUUUCAAAUUAUGGCAUUACGGAACACGUAUGCGUGAAAAUAAAAAUAAUUACAGCUAUUUAGGUGGAAAAUUCAAAAAUGAAUACUUUUAAAAUUAUAAUAAAAUAAACGAAAUACAUUUUUGUAACUGCAUGGCUGUAAUAAUCUAACUGUAUUUUUUAGGUAGGUUAGGCAUAGCAUAUAAAUAACAAAUUCUUAAUUUCAUAUUUAAUACGGUUGUUAAUAUAAAUAUUAAAAUAAUAAAUAUGAACUGGAUUCUAUGUUUCUAGUUUGUUCGAUUGUUAUAUCGUUAUUAAUCGAUAAAUUUCAAUUUACAAUAAAAUAAUGAAAAUUUAGUUGAAUAAAAUCACGAUUUAAUAUGUUUAAAUACCGGCUAUGGCCAUAGUAAAUGGUCAUGUUGAAUUUUCUAGUAGGUAUCUAUAAUUAAUUCAACUUUACUGAACCUAUAAUACGCAAUUUAAACGUAUUGAAUAAAAUAUAGGCAAUAUUUUUAAUUGCCAUUAACCAUUUUAUUCCCCGUAAUCGAUGGUAAUAAACUUAAAAAUAUUUUGCACGGGACAACUUUACUUUUGUGUUCUAGCGUGCUUAUUAUUUUAAUAACACAGUAUAGUUAAAGUUAUCACAAUUAUCUGUUUUGUAAAAGUUCAGAUUUUUCUGUUUUAUUAAAAAUUAUUGAGAAGUGCUCUGCUGUCAAUUAAUAAUAAUAAGUACCUAUACGUUCCGAUUUCUUAACUUAAAAUCGAACCCUGUAUACAUAUAUGUACAAGAUUUAUUGUAAAAUGUUCUUAGCUGAUCAAAAGAUUAGUUAAGCGUCACUGAGUGUCUUAAAAAUAAAUUGUAUGCGAUUCUGUUGUAAUUUUUUUUGUACGUUUUAUAUUUAAAUCCAGUGGCGUGUCGAAGGGGUUGAUCGAGAGGCAGCCGCCUUUCAGUUUUUUCAAUGGGUGGUGGGUGCUACUGGGCGAGUGGGUAAUAAUUUAGUUUCAUAAUUAUGAACCACUAACGAAAAACUAAUAGCAUUUUCAUGUGGUAAAUUUAGAUUACGGUAAUAUUAUUUUAUAUUUUUAUUAACCCGGUUUAUUUUUUUUUAAAUAUAAUUUUACUAAAAAUAAUAAUGUCACUCUAAUGAUUUCAGCUAAAACUAUAGUUUAAUUUAGGCUUCGGUGAAUUAUUGGACAAAAUCGGUUAAAAAGUCUACUUAUAUUAACUCUGAAAAAAAUGAUGAAAUUGAUCGUAAUGAAGUAAUUGACAUGUUCACAUAGGACUCAGAUCAUUCAAUGCAGAAUUUAUUUUUAUUAAUAUUUUAAUUGUUGUACAACUUAAUCCUAUUAAAGAAACAGUAAUCUUUUAAACAAUUUUGUCACAUUUCGUGUCAUUUUGAUUAAUCUUAUAAUUAUCUCUAUGGUUUUAAAAUUGUUUGCAAAAGGCAAUCUGCCCCCUCUCAUAAAUGUUUUUUAUUAGGCAAUUUUCAAAAGAGAUAGACACCCAGUGUUUAGUGUUCAAAAAUAGUAGACGGUGGGUGGGUCAUAGGCCUGUGGGUGGGUGGGUAUCGAAAAAUAUAUUUGCCUCUGAAAAUAUAUGAGUUCGCCACGCCACUGUUCAAAUCUAUAACUAUACAAUUUACUAUAAAGUGAGCCAAAGUAUGAAUAAUUUUAAAUUCAAUAAAGUUCAAUAAAACAAUUUUCUAUUUAAAUUUAUCGUAACGUGUUAAUCGAACUUCACAUAGAAUAGUUACAAUCCCGUUUGUAGUAAUUUACCGUUGCACUCAGAAUUCAAACUAAAUUACUCUAUAAAGCAGUGGUUUUUAAACAAAGUACUACGGCCCACUGUUGUGUCCGCGAGCAAUCACUAAGUGUGUCGCAAUCUUUUGAAAUUUUUUUUUUAAAUUGUGACGGACCACUGGUUACAGUGAUCUAUUCGUUAAGUAUGAAGUCGUAACUCUUUUGAUUAUAUCUCAUUUGAAUAUGACUCAUCCAUUUUGUGCAAAAGUUUAAUAAUGACGAAAAAUAGGUUACAGUGUGCCGUGGUCAAAAAAAGUUUGAAAACCAUUGCUAUAAAACCAUAUAAAUCUACAUUUACAAUUUCCCACCAAAACAAAAACAGUAGAUAUCAGUUAUUGUGUAUUAUAUAUUCAAUUCGACGAUUUACUAAUUUUAUCAAUAUCAUGUUCAUCUGUUCAAUUUAAAUUGUUGAUUAUUUCAUCAUAAUUUGUACAAUAAAAAUGUAUAAUAACUGAGUUAAUUUUUAAAAACCAAAGAUUAAUCACUCGUUUUAUCGACUUUUAACUCUCGAUUAAUGUGUAUUGUUUGAAAAAUGUUGAGAUUUAGUAAUUUAACCUAAGUACUUACUUUAAAAAUAACUCAUACUUAAAUAAUACAAACUUUUAUCGAGUGGGAUGAUUAAUCGUUACCUUAAAUAACGUAAUACUUGGCCAAUUACUACUAAAGGUAAGGUUAGGUUAGAUAACAAAAUAAUAAUACUAAUAGUUAAAAACCUAAGUGCAUGUAUUUUUAUAUGCUAAUUUAAUUUUAAAAAAAUAAAUAAAUUAUGAUGAUAAUAAUAAUGUCAAUUUGGUUUUAUCGGUAUCAUUAAUUGUAAAAUAUCUUUACAAAAUAAACUUCACUAAUGAAUUACUUAAAAAAUUAUAGUUUUUUAAAAAAAAGGUAAGAUAAUGGGGAAGGAUGCAUCCACUGGUGUAGGUUGUAAAGGUAAGAUAAAGACAAGAAUUUAAUGUACAUCUUUGAGCAAUAUUAAACCAAUGCUAACGAAAAAUCGAUUCUGAACAGAGUUCAAUUGAUAGUGUGAUACUUUGUCAACAAUAUAUAUGCCAUAGUAUAGUAAAAUAAUUAAAUAGGCUCUAUAUAUUGUCUAUAUUAAUAUUUGUUUAAUGUUGUACCGAUUUCCCCGGUUUUCCUACAUUUUUCCAGUUUUUCAAAUUUGUUAAGAAAACUACAGGGGAAAUGGAAAAUAAUCUAUAUAAAGUACCUCCCCAGUAAAAUUUCCUUUCAGAAACAUUGCUAUCAUUAAAAGUUGGAGCAAAAUUGCUAGUUGAAAAGUUGUUCACAGAAAAAAAAAACAUCUUUGUAAAACCAUAAGCUUCUUCGCUCCAUUUAGAAUCUAAUAAGGGGUCACUCGAUUUUUCUAAAGAUAAUCAUUAGGUAUUCAUCGCUAUUUUUGGUUAUUUAUUUAUCAGGUCUAAAAUUGUAAUUUCAUUGUGACACAUGAAUUUUUAUGUACACUUGUCAGAGAUUACGAUGAAAUAUUUUUUUUUUUACUUAGGGCUAAUUUUAAUGAUUCCUAUCAGAAAAAAUAUGACUAAUUUAAAACAAUGUAAAAAUAUAAAAAUGUACAAAUGUUAAAUUGAAUUUAGUCUAGAUUUAAUUUGUCACUGUCUCAUGUGCAACCCUUGUGGACUUAGUCUAACUAUAUGUACAGUAAACAUAUUACCUAGCUACUGUUUUAUUUAAAUUGAUAUUUAAUACUUUAUUAGUUGAAAUUAUUAUUUUUCAGAUUUUUCAACAAUAUGUCAACUGCUCGUCUUGUUUUUGAUAUUGGUAAAAUAAAUUUAUUAUGUUUGUUUAUAAUUAUUUAAUUAUUUUUUUUUUAAUAAUAUAAUGCACUUAUUUUAACUAAUCAUAUACUUAUUUAAUUCAAUGUUUACAAAUUAUACUAAUUAGAAACAUACUGUAUUUAGAACGUAGUGCUGGCUGGUGAUAUGAUGAGAAAAUCAAUUGUUUAUGACAAAAAAACGCCAAAUGUAUUUUAUUGUCCACUAAAUAAACCUACAGGUAAUAUUAUAAAAUUAAAAUUAAUUUGGUAAGAAACUAUUAAUUAUUAUUAAUAAUAAUUUAUAUUAUAUUCAGUGAUGCUGCAGUAAUUUAAAAAUACUCAGGCAAAUCAGCCCAAUCAUUAUACUAUAUAACAUAAUAUACUUAUGACUAUUAACUAUUUAAUAAUUUUGUUUUUACUUUAUUAUUUUAUAUAGUUAUAUUUUGUACAAACACUACUCAUACUAUGUAUAUUUCUCAUCACUAAAAAUAUUAAUUAGAUGGCCACCCGACCUGUACCCCGGGUUUAACAUCACUGUUUAUAUUAAUGUUUGUCAAUAUAUAAAUACAUACUUUUAAAUUCUAGGUUUUGAUAAACUGUUUGUACAUUCAAGACCACUGAAAAAAUUGUGCGAAUUUGAUGGAAAACCUUUGCCAGAAGACUACAAAUCUGAUUGUUUUCAAGACGUUGAUGAAACUGAAUAUGCUUGCAAAGAGAAAUACAGAAUUAUGGUAAAUUAUACAAAUAUUAUCAGUAUUUUGUUUAAACUUUAUCUAAACCAGCAUCUAUAAUUAGUAAUUAAUUAAUAACAGUUAUUUUCAGAUAGGUAAAUAUUAAUUAUAUUUCAUUUAUAUAGUAUAUUGUAUAGGUAGGUACUUAUACAUUAAUAUUAAUAAUAAUAAUAACAACAUGUAUUUACCAUUUAGAAUUUGGUUUUAAACAUGAUUAACUAGAUAUCUACCUAAACUGAAAAACUGCAAUUUAACCAUUACUGAUGUAUUAAUAUGUAUUUGUAACUUUCAGAAAAGACUAUCGAAGAAACAGAUGGAUAAUUUGUUCGGAAAUAACGAUUAAAAUAAGAAUCCUAACAAAAUAAUGCUCUGUUAAUGUAAGCGGUUGUAAAAUCCUACUGAUAUAGAUUUAAGUUUUGCUAAUAACAUAUUUUAUUUUAUAACAAUAUUAUUGUGCUUAUUGCUUAUUAGUUAAUAGGUAUAGCUCAUUACCUAUACCGUAUAGGUAAUAAGUCAGACAGCUAGGAUAUAAAAGUGAUUUAUUAAAAUAUAUUUACAAAUUUUAAAUGCUUGCUUAACCGAAUUAUGAAUAAAAAACGUUUGAUAUAAUAAUAUUAGAUACUGGAAAAAAGUAUUAAAUGCAAACGGUAUACAUGAGGUUAUAAAUCAUAUAAAUAAGUCUUAAUUUAAUACAAACAAAAAAAAUGUUAAAAACUACUUUUUAAACAAAUAUAAUCCUUAACAAUUAAUAUAUUUUGACACACAGUGACUAUAUAAAGACCACGGUAAACAUAUUGCACUAACAACUAUGUACAAAAUAGUGAUCAGGAUUUGUUUAGUUUAUUAAAAUUAUUCUAAUCAUAAUCAACUAGUAUUAUUAAGAGCAGACAUGGGUAAUAAUAAAUAAUUCAUAAAAUAAAAGUUGUAAAAGACACUACAGAACAAGCUGUCAAAUUAAUGGUAGAUUUUACUGCAGAACAAGCUAUCAAAUUAAUAGAAGAUUUUAAUCGAACAGGCUCAACAAAUGAAUAUCAAAAACAGUAUACACUACAAGUUGUCACACAACACCUAAUACUAAAUUUAAAUAACAAUAAAAGUACUAGCUAUAAUAGAAUUGGUACAAUAAAUUACCUAUUCCUUACAGGGCAAUCAGAAUUUUAUGUUCUAGCAAUUUUCUCUCAUAAAUGUACAAAAUAAAGAAAAAUGUACAAUAUAAAAAUUUUCGGAUUUAUAAGCAUCUAAAAUAAUUUGUUUAAUUUUUUCUUUACUGUCUUUUUUUGAGGGGGAAGGGUUUAACUUUUGAAAAUUAAAUGGAAACUUAUAUUAAAAAUUUAAUUGAGCAUUAGUUUAAAUAAAUUUUGGUGUUGACAUUUUAGUUCAGGUAGAAGGAGAGUAGUGGAACUGCAUUUGUGUGGUGACACGGUAUAAUGCACUAUGAUUGAAUAAUGUACCACUACUUUAAUCCAGCCAAAUUUAGAAGUCAAAUAUCUCAUCAACGGAUUGACAGAAAUCAAAAUUUAUUUAAACUAAUGUUGCAUCUAUUACGAAAUGUUUAAAAUAUGAAUUACAAAAGUUUACCCUCCAAAAAGACAGUAAAAAAAAUAUAUAAACAUGUAUAUAUAUAUAUAUAUAUAUAUAUAUAUAUAUACAUGUAUUUAUGUUUAUAAAUUGAUAAAUUUUUGUGUUACACAGUUUUCUUUAUUCUGUAUAUUUAGUAAUAAUACAAAAACCCAGGUUGAGGUUCACUCAUAAAUAUUCUACUUUAUAAAUUUCAUAAUAGAUACUUUUACUCUAAAAUCAAAAUUAAGCUAGUUUCACUACAUCUGUGUAUUGUUUUUGCAUGUUACUCGGUAGUUGGACUGAAGCAGUAGAUGUAGAUGUUGCAUCCUCUGAACUAAAAAAUUAUAUUUUGAAGAAAACCUAUUUUUGAACUUUGAGGACUUUGGGUUAUAGGUUAAAUUUAACCAAUUGAUUUAAAAUUAUGUGUAUAUUAUUUUUAUGUAGAUAUACUCAAACUAAUUUAGAAAAAUCAACUGAAAAAAUUUCAAUAUUGGAAAAUAAGGGGUACAAAAUUUAAUGCUAUAUAAUCAAUUCUAUAAUUUUCUUUUGGCCAAUGUACUUUAUCUUCAUCUUUAGCUUAUUACUCAUAGUUAUUACUUAUUACUUGAGUCGUAAUUUAAUUUAAUAAUAUUAUUUUACAUUUAAUUUAUACAAUAUAAAUUUCAGAUGCGUCUUCAUCCCCCUGGUACAGAUGAUGACAAAGAGAGUUCAAAAUGGGAAAGAGCAUAUAAAAAAGUUGUCAGAAAACGUAAAAUACAACAAUUAUAGUAAAUUGUGAACCUAUAAAAAUAAUUGAUUAUACAUAUUUAAUAAAAUAUAUCAUAUACCUACCUAAUUAUAAUAAUAUACUAAUAAAGUAAGAAUUAUAAUAUUGUUAAUGAUAGUUGAAACCUUUAUGCUUAGGUACAAAUAACCCAAAUAUUUUUUUUUUUGUGAGGGGUGGUCUUAAGCCUCCAUCAUAUAGGUACAUAUUAUACUUAUAUUGAUUAUGUACACUUAGAAUUCACUUGAAAAGGACUUAAUUUAGGUUGCUUGGCUAAGUUUUGGGGGAUAAACCCCACCCCUAUUUGCACCUAUGGUAUAGUAUGUAUUAGUACCAUACAAAAGUGAAAUAUUAUCAUUGAUUUUAUAGUUAAUGAAAAACUAAUAUUGCUAACUAAUUAUAUAAUCUAAAUGUCAAUUAAAAUUUGUUUUUAUCUAAUUGUAUUUAUUUUUAAUAUACUAAAUUAUUAUUUAAAAUUUAAAAUAAUACAUACCUAAGUUAUUGUUAUAAUAAUCAAAAUAUAAUAAAUAUUUACUUUUUACUAAAAUAAUCUGUUAUAUACUGUUUUUCAUACACUUUGUUUUCAGUGUAUCUAAUAUUAUAACUUUAUAAGGUUAGUAGGGUAUCUAUCUAGUAAGUAUCUAUUUGUUUUUAAGUCCAUCUGUCAUCACUACUUUUGUGGUGUUUUAUACUUGAUUUAAAUUUAAACAUAAACCAUUUUAGUUUUUACUAACUUUAUUACUAUGCAUUUUUAAAGUAUAUUACGUUAAUACAUCAGAGAUGAGAUGUGAGUGAGCGAAACUAAUAUACUAUUAUUUCAUAAUGAACCCUAUUCUAGUUAAAAUAAAAGUAACGGAACAUAAUACUGUAAGAUCCGUAGCAUUGCAUUGGAUAUAAUGGUAAAUAAAUAGAUUGUGUUCUAAAUAAUUGUUUUUUUUUUCGAUAUUGAACAAUUUAUGAAUUUUACAUUGCACGUACAUUGCACCAUAUUCCUGGUCACACUUCACAAUUGGUGAUGACAGCAAUUAUAUGUAUACUUGUCAAAACUGAAUGUAAUCGAAACUCAAAAAUAGUAAAAAAAUCAAAAGGGACUCAAUCGAUUGUAUCUAAGAAAUAUACCCAUCCAAUAUAAUAGAUAACUCUGAUACCUACCUGAAUGUUUUUAUGUAUUCCAUCUAUUAUAAUUGCACUGUUUUUACUACAUAUAAAAUAAUAAAAAUCCACCAAAAUACCUACAUUUUAAAUUCAUUGUGUGUAAUUUUUUUUUUUUUAACAAACAUUCCCUU